UCUAGCGGGAAGGAAGCUUAGUUACUGGUUUAGUCCUUGGAGGAACCUUUCCUAACCAACCCACUGUUCAGCUCAUCACCCCACCGCAUCCUACUCCAUGUAACGGAGCCCCUAAUAACAGUGCAGUGCCCCUUCCUCUUCUCCAUCACCAGUUUCUCCCUACCGCCUCCAUUACGCCCCCUAGUGGGGGCAAACCUGUCACACAGGUGCAGUACAUCCUUCCAACUCUGCCUGCAGCUGCCAAUCCUAACAGUCCCUCCACCCAGCAGACCCAACAGCCCUCCAGCGUCCUGGCUUUACCUGGUGCCACACCCACCCAUGUGACCCUAGCCAAUGGAGUGCAUUCAGGGGCGGGGCAAGGAAUAAGAUAUGCUUCAGUCCCAGCAGUGGGUGGAGUCUGUCCCGGAGGAGUUCAAGCGCAGUCCCCAGUCCUGCAGAGCAAGAUGCUGGUUCCCAUGGCAACUGUCGGAACAGGAUCUACACCUCCGCAGCCAAUUUCCCUGGUGGGCCCGCCUCUUCCUGUUCAAAACGGUGCUCCAGGAAGUAAGAUCAUCCAGAUCGCCCCAAUGCCUGUGGUCCAAACAAACGUGCAUCCUGGAGGAUCAGUGCAUACCAGCAGCUCAUUUCCUGUGUCUAUGCCAACCGCGAGUGUCAUGGCCCCGGGAUCCACCCCUCCUCAGACGGUGCUGCUGACGCCACCACCUACAAGGAUCACAUAUGUCCAGUCAACACCUGGAGUUGCGGCUCCUUUGCCAUUGGCUUCUACACCUGCGGUCUCCUCCACCCAGCAGGCUCCGUCACCCGCAGGUCCAUCUUUUCUGCAAUCUCCAGUAGCAACCCUCGGCUUUACUGCAAUUGCCCCAGCUGGACAGACCUUGGUUCAGCCUAUUGUUGCAAGUCAGCCACCCCUUCUGGCUCCAUGUCCGCCUCCAAACGGACUGACACAGAAUACACAAGCCUCCACAGCCACCCGUCAGCUCGUGACCGCCAUUUACCCCAGCGUUAGUUUAGCUGGAGGAGUCGUGUCAGUAACAGCCAUGCCACAAAGCACAUCAAGCUCCACAUCAGCUCCAGCAUCAUCAUCAACGCCUCAAGCAAAAACCUCUUCAGUCGCAGCUGCGCAGACACGCACACAGACAGAUGCGCAGCCGCAUUCUCAGGUAAGCAUGCAAAUGGAAACCGAGAGAGGACCAGAAGCUAGAAAGGAGAUGGAGAAACAGAGAGACCUGCUGGUAUCAAAGGAUGGACUUCGGACGCCACCUAGUGGUUUGGAGGAUUCGGUGCAACCUGGAUGUACAUCAAUCACACAUAAAGGUCAGCACUGCGAAGGGAAGGAGGGUGGAAAGAAAGGGAGUAAAACGGAGCGAGAGUUUGAGAGAGAAGUUGGAGGAAGUUCAUCUCAGUCAGAGAGAGCAAGAGCAGCAGAUGGAGAGGCUCAAACUGAGACCAACAGCAAAGAUGUAGAGGCAGGGUCCAAGGAAAAAUCUGUUCUGGACCCCCCGCCGCCCCCUUUGCAGACUGACACCCCUUCAGCUAAAAAGACCAAGUUUCGUCCUCCUCCACUUAAAAGCACCACUGAUUCUGGUGACAAGGCUCUCUUUGGCUCCUCUUUCGAAGAACGUCUUAAAGAGCUCCCGGAGUUCAAACCUGAAGAUGUGCUGCCCUCUCCCAAUCUUCAGAGUCUGGCCACUUCCCCUAGAGCCAUACUGGGCAGUUACCGCAAGAAGAGGAGGAACUCCACAGAUCUAGACUCCACCGAUGACCCCACUUCACCAAGGAGGAAGAGUCGUCGUUUGUCGAGCUGCAGCUCCGAGCCCAACACACCCAAGAGUGCUGCCAAGUGUGAAGGGGACAUCUUCACCUUCGAUAGAUCUGUUGGAGAGACCGAGCAUGUUUUGGAAGAGCUGGACCGCGUGCCGCCCUCCUCUCUGCGUCGGAUGUUGGAUCAGCGGCGUGCUCUCGUCAUGCAGCUCUUCCAGGAGCACGGCUUCUUCCCCUCAGCGCAAGCCACCGCUGCCUUCCAAGCUCGCUACUCGGACACAUUUCCCAGCAAGGUUUGCCUGCAGCUGAAGAUCCGCGAAGUGAGGCAGAAGAUCAUGCAGACCGCCGGCAGUACUGAAAUCACAGGAGGCGUGGCCGGCGGAGGCUCUGACUCCACCUCUGCUCCCGGACCAUCCAAUCAGGCAACCAGGGAGAAUUCUGAGCCAGAUGAAAGGGGCAGGGAAGAGCCAAAGAAAGACACGGGCGACCCGCAGGAGUCCAGAUGAAGAACGACGGAGGAGAAUGGAAGAUGAAUGUAGGGAUGGAUUAUAGAAAUGUGUAAAAACCAUUUCCGCUGACGUUACAGCACUUAUGUGGAUUUUGCUUCAUUUCUAACCGAGCUGAUUUCGUUGCCAUUGCGUUCACUUUGCUGAUGUUCUGUUGUUAUGCACAGUUACACACACAGACACACGUACAUGUUCACACACACGUUAUGCAAUUACAUAACAAUAUCACUUUUACACUUGCACAAGGAACUAUUACAUAGGGGGCAUGGGGGUCGCUCUCAUUUGCAUACGCCACUCGUUUUAGCCAGUCAUUGGUCCAGCUCUGCGCUAGGGCGUGGCUUCACUUUCUGUCCGAAUUUUAGAGCCCUUCAAUGCUGCACCACAGGCAGCACCAAACCAGCCUGUCUGCACAUGCUCAGUAAAGCCCCGCAUGGGGCUAGCACAGAUUUUUAUCGAACGGACUGAAUGUUUUAAAAGAGAAAUUAGACUGUUUGAGGUACCGGUAACUUUCAAUCCAAAACAGGGAUGGGGUUGGGGUGGGGGACAAAUGCGCUUGCACUUUCAUUUGUAGAGACCGAGGAAAGCAAUAGCCAGGGCGGAGAAGGGUCUUCGUGCAAAUGUUACACCCCCUGCGUCGGGGUACAUGCAUCGGCUGUUACUGUUCUUCAGCACGGGCUGUAAAUCCACAACAGCUUUUUUAUUUUUGUCCCAGAAGCAACAAACUUAAAAUCACGUAGACCAGCGGAGCAGAAAACAGAGGCUAUGGCGACCGCCACAAUCACAUAACAACAACAACACAGCACACUCAAAGCAGAGAGGAAAACAUUGUCCAAACCUCGGAAGAAUCAUACAAAAGAAGACGAAUAGAGACACUACCCCUCUUUGAAUCAACGUGUAGUUAUGCUUUGUCGUUUUGUUGUUGUGUUGUAACGGUGGAACUGACUGAUAUCUCUUUUUUAUUUGUAUUAGCUUGCGCCUCUUCUUCUUACUCUAGUAAUACUUUCAGCAUGGACUAAUCCAGCUGGCUAAGUGUUGGAGCGAAUACGUCGAAAAACAAAAGAAAAAAGACUGUGUUUUAGCCUCUUAGCUGAAGCUCCUCUUCUCUGGCCGCUGACGUAGACUUUUCCCUGUACACUGUAUAUAAAUAUAUAAAAAGAUAUAUAAAAAUAUAUAAGCGUGAUGGCAGGGGAGGGGGGCCGAGGAUGGGCACGAGGCUCUCUCUGUGUUCUUUUCCUCCUUUCUUUCCUUCUUUUUUUAUAUUUCAAUCAGGUGUUUGCACAAUAUAUGGUCUUAGACCAUGGUUUAAAUCAGGAAAGUAUUUGUUUUUAGAUAUUUAAAAACUAACCAACGACUUUGUUCCAUUACGUUUGAUUCUCCCUUUCCGGAUCCCAUAAGGAAAGCUUCUGUUUUCUCUUUAAGACUUUUAACUGAAGUGUUGAUGGAAAGCGCCACUUUAAGCGCUGGUCUGGAGUCAGAAUAAGCUUUGUAGUCUUUGAUGAUUUAGGAUUACGCAAGGGAAAGCUGACCCGAGACCAGCGCUGGGGCGGCAUUUCUCAGGAUCUCCUCUUUCUUACUCUGCCUCUUCUUUCAUUGGUGCAAUAGGACGUGGGUGGGAUUAUUUUUCUCUUGAAGUAGACGAGUGACCUGUUAGUGCCAUAGAUUUUCACUGUACAAACUGUAAUAAAAUGAUCUAUAUAUUGAAAAGAGUGUGAGAGGGGGAAAAUCAGAAGCAAGCAUCGAGAGAGAAAUCCAAACUGAACAAACUAAAAUCCGAAGAAGAAAAAAAAAAUGACAUAAAAAAAUGUAACUUAGCACUUACUUGCGUCUGGUUUUGCUGAAAGAGAAGGAGUGAUGAGUAUAAAAUGCUACUCAGUCUUCACUUGAAUGUGUGACAAUAUAAAUGUAUAAAUAUACCUAUAUAUUUCUAUAUGUUCAUGAUAUACAGAUGUCUGUGUGUGUGCGAGCGUACAUGCUUAUACAUUACAUGCACCUUGACAAAUCUGACUUACUCCCAAGCAAAUGCUAUUCAUAUCCUAAAUCCCCCCCCCCCCCUUUCCCCUCCAAAAAAAGGCAUUGGCACUACAUCUAAGGACUGUUAGCAUAUGCCUGAAAACUGGUGGCUACUGACGUGCCAGAGGAGAUAUCGGCAUAUGUAACCAUUCAAUUCUGAACUUAAUUUACCUGGGCUUUCUUUCCCUUCCUCAGACGAAAGCUUGCACACACACACACACACAUACCUGCACAUGUAUGCGUGUACACCUUAUGAUUGUGUAUCCAAUAAACUGUCUUUACUUUGGAGAAGGAGUUUUAGAAUGAGAAAGGUGAGUGUAAACUCAUCAACAGGCAUGUUGACCAUGUGCAAUAUUUCUAAACAAGAGAUUAUUGAAAAAAUUAAAGACCUAACACAA